CUUUAUAAUACAACAGGGUACCAUUUAUAUAUAAAUAACGAAAAACCCUAAUCUGCUGAAUCUUCUCAGCCUCCUUCCCACAAUCGUGUUCAUUCCUAACGAAUUAGCAGAGCAGCCAUGGUGAAGUACUCCAGAGAGCCCGACAAUCCCACCAAAUCAACCAAGGCCAGAGGUGCUGACCUUAGGGUUCAUUUCAAGAACACCAGGGAAACAGCGUUUGCCAUCAGGAAGUUGCCCCUGACCAAAGCCAAAAGAUACUUGGAAGAUGUUUUGGCCCACAAACAGGCUAUUCCUUUCAGACGCUUCUGUCGUGGUGUUGGAAGGACUGCCCAAGCAAAGAACAGACAUUCUAAUGGGCAAGGGCGUUGGCCUGUCAAGUCAGCUAAAUUCAUUCUUGACUUGCUUAAGAAUGCUGAGAGUAAUGCUGAAGUGAAAGGUUUGGAUGUGGAUGCUCUCUACGUGUCCCAUGUCCAGGUCAAUCAAGCUCAAAAGCAAAGAAGACGUACCUACAGGGCUCAUGGAAGAAUCAAUCCCUACAUGUCAUCUCCUUGCCACAUCGAGCUGAUACUAUCUGAGAAGGAAGAGACUGUCCAGAAAGAGCCCGAGACCCAGUUGGCAACAAACAAGAAGAAGUCUCAAGCUGUUCGAAGUGGUGCUUCAUCAUAAAUUGUUAUUGGAGGCAAUAGUUGAGACCCUUUAUUUAUAGAUUAUGUCAGUUUUGUUGCACUUUCUCAGUUAUGUUUGUUAUGAGCUGUUUUUGAAGUUUGAGCAGCAGUUUUUGUUUCGUAUUCAACUAUGGUUUAUGUUAAUUGACUUGCUUGGAAAAUUCUAUGGUUUUAAUUGCAUGAUUGAUUUAAGUUUUGUUUA